AUGGGUGUGAAGGAUCUGUCAAAGGUGAUCGGUGACCAUUCGCCAAAUAGUAUACGACUUAAGGAAUUUAAAGGAUAUUUUGGUCGAAAAGUAGCAGUGGAUGCAUCAAUGUGUCUCUAUCAGUUCCUCAUUGCAGUGCGACAAGAUGGAUCACAGCUUCAGACCGAAAGCGGCGAAACAACGAGUCAUUUGCUUGGCAUGUUUUAUCGAACUAUUCGAAUGAUCGAUAAUGGAAUAAAACCAGUAUAUGUAUUUGACGGCAAGCCACCGCAGAUGAAAACAAGUGAAUUGGAGAAACGUACCGAGCGAAGAACCGAAGCAGAAAAACAACGAAAUGAUGCAGUCGAACUGGGAGACGAGACGUCCGUUAACAAAUUUGAAAAACGUCUUGUAAAGGUUACAAAAGAACAAAGUGAAGAAGCUAAACGGCUAGUAACGUUGAUGGGAAUUCCAGUCCUGGAUGCACCAUGCGAAGCAGAAGCUCAAUGUGCCGCUCUUGCGAAAGCUGGUAAAGUGUUUGCUACGGUUUCUGAAGAUAUGGAUGCACUGACUUUUGGUUCACCCAUUCUUUUGCGUCAAAUGAUAGCAAGCGAAGCUAAAAAACUGCCAGUGAAGGAAAUGAAUUUAAACCAAGUUUUGAAAGAUUUCGGAAUGAAUAUGGGACAAUUUGUAGAUCUCUGUAUAUUGCUGGGUUGUGAUUAUGUAUCAACAAUUCGGGGCAUUGGUCCAAAAAAAGCAUUUGAACUUAUCAAGAAGUAUGAAUGCAUAGAAAAUGUUCUUGAAACAAUUAAUCAAACGAAAUAUCCAAUACCCCAAGACUGGCAAUACAAGGAAGCACGACGACUAUUCUUGGAACCGGAUGUCAUGAACUGUGAAAAUCUCGAGUUAGUUUGGAAAGAACCUGAUGUCGAAGGAAUUGUACAAUUUCUAUGUGUUGAAAAAAGUUUUAAUGAGGACAGAGUGAGAGGUAGUUUAACCAGAAUGCAGAAAGGACGUCAAGCUGCACAACAAGCCCGUAUUGACUCAUUUUUUUCGGUGAGUAAAGUAGUUACCUCUGAAACAACAAAAAGAAAAAAUGAAGAGAAAAAUAAUCUGAAAAAACGAGGGCCGAGUUUGGGCAAAAAAGCGAAAAAAUGA